AUGCUUGAAGAGCAAGACCUCCUGGCAGUUGAAGAUGAAUGGGAAGCAGACCACGAAGAUGAUCCGGACUAUAUGGUGGACGAGGAGGUCAAUAUCGAGGACCUGCGACUAAAUAGCGAGAGCGACGACGAUAAUGAUAGCGGUGAUGACGACUAUGAAGAUAUGCCUUUAUCCGACAAUGAGCUCGAAGACGUCAGCGCUGAAGCCGAAGAGCACGCGCGCUGUAACGACGGUCUGGCCGAUGCCGACGGCGGGCAUCUCAAGCGAGCGGAGUUCCGAGAGUUGCCAGCAGUGAGCCAGCGGGUGUACGAUAUAUACAAACGCAAUGGCUGGCCAUAUGAGGUUUUUGACGUCCAACGCUGCCGAUCCGAGCUAUUUGAUCUCCAAGCAGAAGAGCAGAGCCGCAGAGCGAGAGCUAAACUUUCGGCCAGCCGUCCGUCGAUGAUGAGGGAGGAAUGCCCGUCGAUAACGAGGGAGGAAUGGUGCGAAGAGCGGCGCCAGCUGAUGAAGGAGAAGGUGCUAGCCGAGGGAAAGGUUUGGGAUGAAGCAAAGGAGAUGUCGCGAUCGGCAGAGGAGUAG